UUUGCGUUGUUGCCCUAGUUUCACGUCAUCUGUCUGCGAAUCGCUGCUGUCGGCAAUAAUUGAAUGCUCUGUAGGGUCUGAGGGUGCCUUUGUGAGAUGGAUAUGGGUAAUACAUCAGUUUGGAUUUUAACUUCUGUGCUAACUUUAUAUGUAGGCGUUACUUGUGGAUCCCUUCAGUUUAAGGUUGAAGUAUUACAAAAGCCGGAUCAAUGCGAAAGGCUUAGCAAAUAUGGCGACCAAGUUUUCGUUCACUUCAAUGGAACAAAGUUUGACACUGGUGAACUUUUCGACAAAAGCCACCCCGAUAAGCCGUUCAGAUUUCAGUUAGGAAUUGGCGAAGUUAUUGAAGGCUUCGAAGAAGGUCUUAUUGACAUGUGUCCCGGAGAGAAACGAAGGCUAACAGUGCCUCCUAAUAUGGCAUAUGGCGUGGAUGGAGGCAGCGUGCCACAAAUGCCUGGUGGCACAAUAAUUUUCGAAGUUGAAUUAGUCCACGCAGAGCAGGGACCUCGUCAUCCCGAUGUAUUUAAAGAAAUGGAUUUGGAUGCCGACAAACAUCUUUCAAAGUUUGAAUUUGUUCACUACUUACGCAUGGAGGUAGAGAAGGCUAAAGGCCACACAAUGUCGUCAGCGGAAGAGAUGAAACUUACGAACGAUAUUUUCGAACUGGAAGAUUUCAACAAAGAUGGAUUUAUCUCAAUAUGGGAAUUUAGCGGCAACAAGCACGACGAGUUUUAAUACCAGUAUCUGACGUGAACGGAUUUAUGUUAUAGUCACUUGUUAACGUGAUUUCAUAUAUUAUUAUAGAAAUUUUGCUAUGUGGAAUUGACAAAAGGCUGGCUACGAUUUGACUAAAUAAAAUCCUGGAUUUAAACUCUCAGUGAAAAACACGUCUUCAAUUUUUCAUUUCUUUUUAUUGUUAUAAUAGCUUAAUACAUUUAUAUUUGCUGUUUCAACUUAUAUGUUAAGAAAAAGUAAAAAAUUAAUCACAUUGUAUCUGAUUCGAAAUAAAUUUUGAUAAUAUACUGA